AUGAAGUUCACUCUUGCCCUCACCCUUGCCACUACCGCCUCUGCUGCUGGUAUCAUUGGCUACAGCGGCUCUCACUGCGAUGGCGAUGCUGGUCACUACGACAAGGCUUCUCCCCAGGAGGGACGUUGUGCCAAGAUGGGCGGACGCCACUCUGUUCAGUUUGACGGUAACUGCCCUCACCAGUACAAUGUGCAGUUCUUCCCCUCUGGCGACUGCAGCGGCUCCUCUUCUGGUGUUGCCUACCCCCAGCCUGCUACCUGCUGGAACAUCAACACUGGUGGCCCUGUCAACUCCAUGUUCUGGGUCUGCCCUUAA